CACAUAAAAGCUACAUCUGUGCUUCCAGCCUCGCUCACAACUGAACUCUUCAGUCCAACAUAAGGGAUGUUAGAAGCCGAACUCCCAACUUUAUUAAAACAUAACAACAGAAAACUUGUAACAGAUCCAGAGGACGCAGCACAUCUGUGAAGAGCUGAUGAUUUGGAUUUAAACUGAAAGUUUGGAGAGCCACUGAAGGUUUUUCUAUCCGCCUGAGGAUCUCACCGGUUCAGACGAGCGUCGGAGCCUGUCCAAGCUGCGGGUGAAGAGGGCUAUGGUUACAUACAGUAAAGCUGACUCUGCGAUGGGCCACCUCUGUGUCCCGAAGAUGCACGUUCCGUACCAUUACAAGCUUUUCACCUCCAAAGAGCAGCACAAGAUGGUCGUCAGGUCUCUUUACCGGCUGAAGGAAAGCGGCUUCUACUACAGCUCCAUUAACGGGAAGCAGGCCAACGCUCUGCUGGAGAACGAGUCCACCGGCACCUUCCUCAUCCGGGACAGCGCCGACAUCCACUACUUCUACACCGUCAGCGUCAAGACGGCGCUGGGGGUCCGGAACCUGCGCGUCCAGGUCGACGACGCCUCUUUUUACAUGAGCACCGACCCUAAGAAAGUCGACUGCGUCCCCCACUUUGACUGCAUCCUGAAGCUGAUCAAGCACUACAUGCCUCAGGGCGUCGGAGCCAAAGCCACCUACAUCUACUCCAAAGGGGAGACCACUCCUCUGGAGCUCGUCAGACCUCUUUACCACACCACGGCCUCGCUGCAGCACCUGUGCAGGAAACAGAUCAACAGAGACGUGAGCGCCCCUUCUGAGCAAGGCCAGCUUCCUAGUUCUCUGCARCAGUACCUCUUUGAGUACAAUGAAAGUUUCUAGAGCCGUUGGACUGAGAAAGGCUCAAAGGUGGACUGAAACCAGACGGUACCCACAGGAGGACCUCGCUGCUUACCAGGAGCACUGACGCAGCCGAGUAGAUCCAGUCGAGCCUCGCGUUGAGCUCGUUCAAAAAAAGAAGCAGAUCAAGAAAAGACGGUGGGCUGCGAGGGGCCCGGAGGAAGGACCAAGAGUCCUCCUCUGCCUCACUGAUGACGUACGACUCACUAAGAACUGAAGCGAGACUCGCGGUCAGCUGUCCACGGUGGGACGACGCACAGUUCUCUUUGCUGCUGCUGCUCACCAGCAUCCGUAUGAGACUGUUCAACUCAAGCGCACAAGCCUUAGGAAACAAACUGUCAACCAGAGCUGGACAGGCUGUUAUGAUUAGGCUUUUUUUUUUUUUACUUUCUUGGGUUGUAACAUCUCAUACUCUGAGAUUUUCAACCACAAAUGUUCCCAGGAAGUUCACAGACUGAGGAACAUGAAUGUUAUAAGAUGGCUUAGAAGCAGAAAAACAUUAUGUUGCUUUAGAGGAAAGGGUUAUGCCAAAUUUGCCAGAACAACACAACACUGUGUUGGAACAUGACUGAAUCCUGUAGGAUCUUACUGGAUACCACUGCUGACAUACAGAAUGAGCACUUUUUUGUGAAUUCAUUAUUGAACAUCUAGAAGUUUGGCUGAAUUUAUGGCACAAACUGAACCAUCAGUGCCUGCAGAGGAAUGAAUACAUCAUGUAUUUGUUUUUUUGUUUUGUUUUUGUUUUUUCCAGAUGAGGAGAGUAAUUCAGAUGUACCUUACUUUCCUACAACCCAUGUUUACAAGAUGAAAUUGUCUUUUUUUUUUUUUGUUUUAUCUUUUAUAAAGAUGUAUUUUUUUGCCAGCCAAACGGCUGUGGAUGCUUGAAGAUAUCUGAGAAGUUUGACGAAGCAAGCAGACCGAGACAUUUUUUGCACUUAUUUAUAUUUGUAUAAACAUGUCAUUAAUUUAUAAUAAAAAAGAUAUUUUUUUCUAUAAAAUGACAA